GAUUAGACUGUUGUCAAUGCAUCCUCCCUCGUAAAAACAACAUUUCUCUUCCUCCCAGCGUUCUUUGAGAUCUUCAUAUCAAUGACAGCAUCAUUAAGCAAUAUAAUAGAACCCUGAUGACCACUUCACUUCGUCUUGGCCAGCUCCUUCAAGGCCAGACCGGAAGAUACACUAUUGCCAGACAGCUUCAAGAUACAGUUUGGCUUGCAACGACCCAAAGCAACGAACCAGUGGUAGUGAAAAGUGUUUACCAUUUUCGACUACAGAAUGAGCGGGACGUGCUCAAGCGCUUUCAAUCUCGAACCCCAUUCAUCAGGCCAUUACUUGAUGAAAUUGCAGAUCCACCAGCUAUAGUGUUAAAGCACUUAGAUGACCAUCUGUUGAAUGCAUCUAUCUCUAAGAGAUUAAUAAGCUCAGAGAUCAAAUAUGUGGCACGGGGAAUUCUGGAAGCCUUGAAAGUUCUGCAUGAGGAUGGGUUUGUCUAUACAGAUAUAAAACCUGAUAAUAUUCUCAUAAACUACGGACAGGGACAUGAACGAUUUACAGAUAUUCAGGUAGCCGAUUGUGGAAGCACUGUUCAUUGGGAUUCACCAUAUGCUAAAGAUUGUGACUUGAUCGGGGCACCUAUUUGGAGAAGUCCCGAAGCGCAGCUCAGGAUCCGCUGGGAUACAUCAACAGAUAUAUGGUCGUUUGGUGCAUUACUCAUAACCUUACUCUAUGGGGAUAAUUUCUUCCUUUUCAAACCAAAUGUCCCCGCUACUCACGCCGAGUACGAACUCAAGAUCCUUCAGAGACAGUGCGAAUUCUUCGGCCCAUUCCCUUUGACAUAUCGAGAGAUUUGCCCUAAGGAGAAAUUAAAUAUUCUGGCAUAUAUUAUGCACAGCAUACCACCUGAAAAUAAAAAGCCUUUUUCUCGAAUCACAGACCGGGAAGUAUCCAAGGAAGAUAAGGAGUUUAUUCUGAAAAUCAUGAAGCUUGACCCUAGAGAGAGACCCUCCGCGGCUGAGCUGCUGCGAGAUAAAUGGUUCGACAACUGAAAUUGCCGUCGAUAAUGAGUGCAGGAGGAAAAUGCAUGUCGAGGUUCUCUCUGAGACUUGGCUCUAGGUCACUUGGUUGAGAUUGCUGCCAUUCUGCUCUUUUUAUUCAUGCCAGGGUGAAGAUACACUACCACGGCACCCAGUGGAUAAAUGUACAGGAGCCCAAGCAUGCCUUGAUGUCUCAUGAAGAUAUUCAAGCUGUGCCAGAUACGAGGGUCAGCGCGUCCGGAGAUCGACGAGAUAAGUUACACAUCGCUCAAAUCGCUGGGCUAGUCACUAACUAAGUUCUGUUCUGUUCUGUUCUUUUCUUUUCUUUUUUUUGGGUUGGGGGGGGGAGCGAACGACCUAUAUCACGUAGUUAGGG